UGGAGGGGAAGUAUGCCAAGCAACUCAGCACGUCACUGAUUCAUAUCAGCUAGUGUAGCUUUCAAAACAAACCACAGCGAAAGGCCCAGCUAGGGAGGCUGUUUGGAAGAGGAUAAAAAAGUGGGAACCGGGAUGUCGGAUGUGGUUCAGGAUCCUAAACCCAAGCCAGCAGUUCCCAUUAAACCAUCAGCUGUGGGCUCCCAGCUGCUGGGCUAUGUGGGAAUCGACACUAUUAUCGAGCAAAUGCGACGGAAGACGAUGAAGACUGGAUUCGAUUUUAACAUCAUGGUCGUAGGUCAGAGUGGCUUGGGCAAGUCAACACUGGUCAACACACUGUUUAAAUCCCAAGUCAGUCGGAAAUCCUGUGGCAGAAAUCGAGAAGAGAAAGUUCCUAAAACUGUGGAGAUCCGAACAGUUGGUCAUGUUAUUGAGGAGAAAGGGGUGAAAAUGAAACUGACAGUUAUCGACACACCAGGAUUUGGAGAUCAAAUCAACAAUGACAACUGCUGGGAGCCAAUUGAGAAGUAUAUCAGCGAACAGUAUGAGAAGUUCCUGAAGGAGGAGGCGAACAUCUCGAGGAAGAAGCGGAUUCCUGACACCCGGGUGCAUUGUUGCCUGUACUUCAUUUCACCCACCGGCCACUCGCUGCGGCCCCUGGAUGUCGAGUUUAUGAAGCGGCUGGGAAAAAUAAUGAACAUUAUUCCUGUCAUUGCAAAGGCUGACACAAUGACACUGGAGGAGAGGCAUGAAUUUAAACUGAGGGUGCGGAAGGAGCUAGAGGCAAAUGGUAUUGAGUUCUACCCACAGAGAGAAUUUGAUGAAGAUAUGGAAGACAAAAUGGAAAAUGACAAGAUCAGGGAAAGCAUGCCCUUUGCUAUCGUUGGCAGUGACACUGAAUAUCAAAUAAAUGGGAAAAGAGUGUUGGGAAGGAAAACGCCCUGGGGGAUCAUUGAGGUUGAGAAUGUCACUCACUGUGAGUUUCCUCUACUCCGGGACCUCAUUGUUAGGACUCACCUCCAAGACCUGAAGGAGGUGACGCACAACAUUUUUUACGAGACAUAUCGGGCUAAGAGGCUGAAUGAAAACGGGAACCUGGCCAACGACACAGGGGAAGUGCACGAGAGUAACCUCUGAGCCCACCGAGAACAACAAAAAUCUUCAGUCACUGGAACCUUGUGUAAAAUCUCAUUUUUGUAAGAGUGAAGCCAAACCUGUCACUGAAAAAGAGUGAAGCCCUUUAAAUUUUGACCGCUUGCUCACUU